AUGGGGUAUGAGGGCAUAGAUUUCACUUGGUGGAACAAUAGAGAAGGAGAGCAUAGCAUAAGUGAAAGAUUGGACCAUUUCUUGGCUAACAAUGCAUGGUGCCAAGCUUUUCCCAUGGCAAAAGUAACCCAUGGUUCAGCUGCAUAUUCUGACCAUGCGCCUAUCAUGCUGCAAACAAAAGCUUGUAUUCCAAGAAGAAGGAGCCACAAACCUUUUAGAUUUGAAGCAAUGUGGGUGGAAGGUGAGGAGUGUGGAAAGGUGAUUGAGAAGGCUUGGUCUUUCAACCAUGGUUUUGGCCAUAUGAACGAUGUGCUGCAGAAACUUAAAGGUUGUAGUGAAAGCCUAGCAAAAUGGAACAAGCAAAAUUUUGGUCUAGUUCAUAAGAGGAUUCAACAAGCUAGAGACAAAUUGGCAAAAGCACAAGCUGGAAAUAAUAAUACUCUAAACAAGGUUGAACUGCAGCAGGCUAGAGAUGACUUGCAGUGCUAG